AUGUCGCCUUCUGCCCUUCCUGUUGAUAAAGCCACAACCUCUUUUUGGAGGUCAGAGCCGCAUCCUCUUGAUAAUCAUCGCUCAACUACUGAACUCCCUGCCCAAGUCGACAUUGCCAUUAUCGGCGCUGGUUACGCAGGCGUGGCGACAGUCCAUCAUAUUCUCGAGCAAUGCAAGGCUCGGAGCGUUCCUGCGCCAAAGAUUGUGAUUCUUGAAGCUCGUCAAGCUUGCUCGGGAGCCACCGGACGUAAUGGCGGCCAUCUCAAGCCCGAUCCGUACAAUAGGCCUGCGAAUCUUCUGGCUACGUAUGGCAUCGAGGCUGCAGCUGAGGCUGCUGAGUUCGAGGCUAAGAACCUUGCUGCUGUUAAAAAGACCAUUGAGGAGGAGGGCGUUGACUGCGACUUUGUCUAUACCCGUGCUGUUGAUGCGCUAAUGUCAGAUGCCAUUUUGGACAAGAUAAAAGCGGGAGUAGAUGCUCUCAGACAGAAUGGAGUUUCUGUUAUGCAAGAUGUCUACUUUGCCCAGGGUGCUGAAGCCGAAAAGCUUUCGGGUGUAAAGGGAGCCAAGGGCUGCUUUUCUUACACGGCAGGCCACUGUUGGCCAUACAAGCUCAUUCUCCAACUGCUCUCCAAGGCUAUUAACGCCAAUGUCAAUCUGCAGACCAACACGCCUGUCACUUCAGUUACUGAAAAGCCUGAUGAGGAGGGUUAUCUGACACUGACGACUCCUCGCGGCACGAUCCGCGCUGCAAAGAUCAUCUAUGCAACCAACGCCUACACAUCAUCCAUAUUACCAGAGUUCGCGGACAAGAUCGUCCCAGUGCGGGGCAUCUGUAGUCACAUCAAGCCUGGCAAGACCCCGGCGCCCUUACUUCCCAACUCGUACAUUAUUCGCUGGUCUGAUACCAAAUACGAGUACCUGAUCCCAAGGCUUGACGGAAGUAUCAUAGUUGGAGGUGCACGAUCAAUGUACUAUCAUGAUCUGCCCAGCUGGUAUAAUAAUGUCAACGACGAUCAGUUGAUUGAGUCUGCGAGGAACUAUUUUGAUGGAUAUAUGCAGCGGGUGUUUCACGGGUGGGAACAUAGUGGCGCUUACACGUCCAAGGUUUGGACUGGAGUUAUGGGCUACUCGUCUGAUGGCUUGCCCCAUGUCGGUAGUAUUCCUGGAAGGCAGAAUCAGUUUAUACUUGCGGGCUUCAGUGGACAUGGUAUGCCGCAGAUCUUCUUGUCUGCGAAAGGCGUGGCAUCCAUGGUGAUGGACGGCUUGAGUUACGAGAAGACAGGUAUACCUAAACUCUACGAGGCUACUCAAGAGAGGCUGGAUAGCCCGAAAAACACUAUACUGGAUACUUGGAAAACAGUACAGAGGAGGGAAGGGGCUAAACUGUAG